UUUGAAAUUUCGCCACUGAUUUUUAUCGAUGGAUACGAUCCGUUUUUCACGCGUUUCGCGUCAGUAAGAGGUACAGAGGUCAAUCGUCGCGAUUGUUCUACAAGCCACGUGGCAUUUUUAUUCGGUGACCGGUACCGAAUCACCAUCCUUCGCGUUUAUCUACUCUCGCGAAAAGGAAUGUCAUUGAAUCACAGCACCGCGGUGGUGCCGGAUAAUAUCGGCGAGGAACAUGUUAGCCCAGCAGUUUACAUCGGCGCGGCGAUCGGCCUCGCUUUUAUCGGUUUCUUCGGCUUCACCAUGAACCUGUUGGUCGCAGUUGUGAUCGUCAAGGACGCGCAGACAUUGUGGACACCCGUGAACGUGAUCCUCGUCAAUCUUGUCGUUGGCGAUUUUUUAGUGGCCGCUCUUGGAAAUCCGGUUGCCAUGGUUUCGGCGAUCACUGGAGGAUGGUACUGGGGCUAUAAAGUGUGUCUCUGGUACGCCUGGUUCAUGUCUACUCUGGGAUUUGCCAGUAUUGGUAACUUGACGGUAAUGGCCGUCGAAAGGUGGCUCCUGGUCGCUAGACCAAUGAAAGCAUUGUCCAUAAGGAACGCCAUGGUAUUGGGUUUGUUCGUUUGGGUAUACGCACUUUGUCUUUCCGUGCCACCGUUUUUUGGUUGGGGAAGCUAUGGUCCUGAAGCAGGAAACGUGUCCUGCAGCGUUUCCUGGGAGGUCCACGAUCCAGCUACGAGAAGCGACAGCUACAUCGGUUUUCUGUUCUUGUUCGGUCUCGCUGUGCCUGUGUCGGUGAUCGGCACCAGUUACGUGGCGAUUCUGUUAACUUUAAGAAAAGUGAGGAGGAGAUCAGGUUCACGCGGAAGGCUUGAAGCAAGAAUAACGAAAAUGGUCGCGUUGAUGAUAACUGCCUUCUUGCUUGCUUGGUCGCCGUACGCGGUUUUGGCCCUCGCCGCUCAGUAUUUCGACGUAAGCAAAACCGUCGGCCGCGGUGGCCGUGCUUCCAGCUCUGCUUGCCAAAUCCUCCAUUUGUUACAAUCCUAUUAUCUACGCGGGCUUGAACAGCCAAUUUCCUCGGUCUUUAAAGAAGAUAUUCGACACACGCAGUUCGAGGAUCAUGUUGCCGGAGAGUCAGAACACGGCGCUAACCGCUCUGAAUAAGCUAGAGCAGAGAAACCGAGAAUGAGGAUCGGUAACGCUGACGAGCGGCCUAACAGCGGGAAU